UUCAUGGUUCUUGCUAUCCUAUAAGUAUGCUAUCUAUCAUCGAGCUUAAAGCCCAGAAACAAGCUAAUCUCCUCCAGUAGCCAGUUAACUGACCAUGGAGGUGUUAAGCAUGUUUUCUUUUAUUGCUCAAGCCACGAUACUCUUCCUUUUGUUUCUUAAACUCACAGCCUACGGCAACAAAAGCAAAUUACGCAAGAAGCAGCUGCCUCCCGGGCCAUGGAGCCUUCCGUUCAUCGGCAGCCUCCACCACGUCUUGCGUGGCCUCCCACACCGCACAAUGAGGGAGUUGUCUCGCUGUCAUGGACCCCUGAUGUUCCUCAGGCUUGGCGAGGUUCCAACCUUGGUCGUCUCCAGUGCCGAGGCGGCGGAGCUGGUGAUGAGGACCCACGACCUGUCGUUCGCCUCCCGGCCGAACAGCGUGACCAUCGGCAUCGUCGGCUGCUGCGGGAAGGGGAUCGGCUUCGCACCCUACGGGGACCGCUGGCGCCAGAUGAAGAAGAUCUGCAUCAUGGAGCUUCUCAACGCCAAGCAAGUGAAGCGUGUCGAGUCCAUAAGGGCCGAGGAGGUGGGCGGCCUCCUCCGCUCCAUUGCGGCGGCCUCUGGUUUCGUCAACCUCAGCAAGAAGGCGACGACGCUAGCGAACGACAUCGUCGCCAUGGCCAUGUUCGGCGGCAAGUGCGCAGAGGAGAAGUCCGAGUUCGUGCUCGCCUACGACCAAGUAAGCGAGCUGGUGGCCGGGUUCUUCCCGCUGGACUUCUUCCCGUCGUCGCGGAUCGUACGGCGGCUGAGCACCAUCGAGCACCGCCUCCGUGGGAGUUAUGGCUGCAUCCAGCGCAUCAUUGCGAGUAUCGUCGAGAGCCGCAAUGCGGAGAUCGCCGCCAACGGGGAUCAGGAGGAUUUCCUGGGAGUGCUGCUCAGGCUGCAGAAGAAGGAUUCACUUGCUUUCCCUCUAACCCCGGAGACUAUUGGUGCCAUCCUUCAUGACAUAUUUGGAGGCGCUACUACAACCUUAGGAUCCACUGUAGAGUGGGCUAUGUCGGAGUUGUUGAAAAAACCCGAGACUAUGGCAAAGGCACAACUAGAGGUUCGAAGCGUUCUAGGUGCACUACGAGGUGUCAUCACUAAUACCGACCUUGGUGGACUGAACUACAUGCGAAUGCUUAUCAAGGAGGUUCUUAGGUUACAUCCCCCCAACCCUAUGCUUGUCCCCCGUGAGUCGAAGGAGGACUGUGAAAUCAUGGGUUAUCACAUUCCCAAAGGCACAAAGAUACAUCUUAAUGCAUUUGCAAUUUCUUGGGAUCCAAGAUAUUGGUACAACCCAGAAGCGUUUAACCCAGAGAGGUUUGAGAAUAGCAAUGUUGAUUUUAAAGGAACAAAUUUUGAGUUCACCCCCUUCGGGGCAGGUCGUCGACAGUGUCCUGCGAUUCUGUUUGGCACGUCUGCCGUGGAGAUUGCAUUGGCGAAUCUUCUCUACCACUUUGAAUGGGUGCUUCCUGAUGGAGAGAAUUCACAUUUGUUGGACAUGUCCGAGACUUUUGGGAUGGGAGUAAGGAAAAAGGUAGAGCUGCAUUUGAGAGCUACUCCGUAUGUAUACUCUGGUUAUAUAUAGGUAUAUGGACGUGGCUUGUUGCCCCUUGAGAUCCCUCGUCAUCAUGUUCUUCCAUUGUACUAUUUCAACUUCAUAAUAAGAGUGGUGUUUACACCAACAUGUCAAGUUAGUUUGAUUUACUUGUCUAGUGGUUGAUGUGGUCGCGUUGAAUGUUGUAAUAAUACCAUUGUGAUGAUUGUGUGAAGUCUCUUGGUGUAGAUGCAGAUUGCAGUAAUAUUUCCUUUCCAUCAAGUAAAUAUAUGGACACGAAAUUUAAUGCAUAUCGAUAUGUACACGUACAAGUGUGUUGAUAUAUGCUCUAAAUUACUCCCUCCGUCCGGUGAAGAGUGUAUGUUUGGCUUCAAAAUUUAUCCAUAAAAGAGUGUAAUUCUAUCUUCCCAAUGCACUUUAAAGUAGAAAAAAAUACUUCUGUCUCAUCACACGGUAAUCAAGACCAAUAGCAAUGUACAUAUGGUCUUCUUAAUUUCUACAUGCACUCAUUGAGGAUUGGGUAAUUAAAAGGAGAGAGAUGGUGGCUUGCACCUUUCCAAUGCAAUUUUUUACUCAACUUCAUAUUUUAUCAUAAAAUUUCUAGAUGUACACUCUUCACUGGAUGGAGAGAGUAUACUGUUAGGUCUAAAUAUUAUGUGUCAUUGGAGAGGACAGGCUGGAGUAACUUAUUCACCACCUGUUAAGCCGGACGGGUGAUAUUUGUUGACAUCCAAUCCCCGGGUAUGUGUAAACACUUAUCUGGGGUAUAGGGAACCGGGUCACCAUGCCAAACGAUGCAUUGUUGUUCACAUGGGCAAAAAACCAUGCUUAGAUGAGUAAAUGGGUAUUUCAAUAGUAGUUGGAGGUUGUGAUAUGAACCAAAUUAAAUGUGAUGGUUGUAAUUUAAACUCUACCACAAAUUUUAGGGGGUAAUAUUAACUUUCUUGUCAACAAGUUGUCCUAUUUUUUUCUCCUCUCUUCCAUAGAAGCUCAUUCUCCGACACGAACCUUUAGGACAGUUGUCCCUGUUCUUGGAGUAGUCUUGGCAAGGACGACAAAUGAGCUAUGGGAGCUGACUGUCGUGAUGAUCAUGGAUGUUUUCUGGGAGUGUCAACGUAUUAGAAGGAGCGAAGGAACAGACAACUCAAGGAAGAAUGGUUUUAGCUGAGGAUCUAUUAAUCAACAAGGUACGUGUAUGUUACCGAAAAAGCAAGGACAUCUCACAUUGGACUGUCUGACAGUCAUUUAUUAUCUGAAGGCAUUUGAAUAUUUUGGUGUUUGUUGCAUCAUUUUGAAAGAGAUCAGACAAGCAUCUAUCUUCGGCCAUGAAAAACAUAAAUGUGAUGGGGGCUCUUAGGAUAGCUGGAAUGGCUACUACACUUUCGAUGGGACGCCAUGUAUGAUUGUCCGAUCCACCGGAUCAUCGAUGUAUUCCCCCAAAACAUUCCAAUUUGAAAUAAAGUAGUGUUGUUCUUAAAAAUAAUUAAUAAUUUUCUCUGUACCACCGACACAUGGUUGACUUAUACUAUCUCGCGA